AUGCGCCGAGGUGUCUACUGGACGGACAUGUCGGUCAGCAUGGAACGCCUCAUGCGGCUGCGGCCCACGCAGGUCAUCAACCAUUUUGGAGGGAUGCUGCAGAUCUGCCGCAAGCGCCCCAUGGCGAUCCACCUGGCUGCCAUGCAGCGCGCGGAGCCUGCCGCCUACGCCUUCUUCCCGGUAACGUUCAGUGUGCCGGGGGACGAGGCGGCGCUGCUGGCGGACGCGGCCCGCAGGGGGCGGCGGCAGGCGUACAUCAUCAAGCCUGACGCUGGGUGUCAGGGCAAAGGCAUCCGGCUGGCGCAGGGCGGCGCCGGCGGUUCCCGCGUUGCAGCAGCACUGGCGGCGCUCCCGCCUGGCUGUGCGGCGGUGGCGCAGCACUACUUGGCGCGGCCACUGCUGAUCGGAGGACUCAAGUUUGAUCUGCGGGUGUACGCAUUGGUCAGCAGUGUCGACCCCCUCAGGGUUUUUGUGUAUCGAGAGGGCCUUGCGCGCUUCUGCACCACGCCUUAUGCGCGCCCUGCCGCCGACAACCUCGGACGCCUCACGGCGCACCUCACAAACUACGCGGUCAACAAGAAGAGCGGCGCCUUCCUCGCCCCCUCAACCUCCGACGCCCCGACGGGUGGCAGCAGCGGCAGCAUCAGCAGCAGCGGCGGCAGCGGUGGUGAAGAGCAAGCAGCUGGAGCACAGGGGGCGGAGGUGUUGAGUCACAAGUGGAGCUUUGCUCAGCUGCGCCGCCGCCUGGAGUCAGAGGGCCACGCAUGGGAGCCUCUGUGGCGCGCUAUUGAGGGGCUGGUGGCGAAAUCGCUCAUCUCCGUGGCGCCCCUGCUGCAGGGCAGCUACAAGGCCGCCUUUCCCGGAACCUACAGCGACACGGCGGAUGGCAGCGGGCCGAGCGGGCGGGAGACUGCGGGCGACGCGUCGGCGGUGGCGGGGUCAAGGUCGCGCUGCUUUGAGGUCCUGGGUUUUGACGUGCUGCUGGAUGAGGGGCUGUCGCCGUGGCUGGUGGAGGUCAACCAUUCCCCUUCUUUCGGGACAGACUCGCCCCUUGACCGGUAG